GUCAGCAGUGAGCAGGCACCUUCACAAAUUCUCCUGCACCGUAUCCGUCCGUACCUUGUGGUUAGCACCUCCGGUCAUGACCUCAUCCGAACCGUAGAGCCCGUCCGUUUUCCGCAUCCACCUCAAACCUCCCUUGUCUGACUCUCUCUCUCAUCUCACGCCCACCACUCACAUCACAAGUGACAAUACCCGGUCAUGAACGUCUCACGGCCGGUGAGCCGCGCCCUCCGUGCCGUCCCGCGGUUACGCCCGGCAUCGCCAUGGCGGCGGCCUUUACCACCCUCCGCCUCCGGUGCCGUCGCCGGCCGUCAGUUCCGGCCCUACUCCGACGUCUCUGCCGCCGAUCUGCAGUUCGGCCAGCCGGUACAUGAGACUCACCCUCACAUUCUCAAAGCUGGAGAGAUCACACCAGGCAUAACAGCCCAAGAAUACCACGACCGCCGCGCCCGCCUCGCCGAGCGCCUCCCGGACAACGCCGUCGCCGUCCUCGCCGCCGCGGACCUCAAAUACCGCUCCGGCGCCGUCUUCUUCCCCUACCGCCAAGACUCCAACUUCCUCUACCUCACCGGCUGGAACGAGGGCGACUCGGUCGCCGUCAUCCGCAAGACGGGCAAGGACUACGGCGACUACGAGUUCCACCUCUUCGCCAGGCCAAAGGAGCCCGUCGCGGAACAAUGGAUGGGCGCCCGCAACGGCGUCCAGGCCGCCAUCGACAUCUUCAACGCCGACAAGGCCGACGACAUUGCCCGCAUCGACCGCUGCCUGCCCGAGAUCCUCAAGGGCGCGAGUCGGGUCUAUACCGACAUCCCGAAGCCCGGUAACGAACAGAACUCGGCCAGCAACGGCAGCAGCAAGCUCGUAGCCAGCCUCAUGAACUCGGACAAGUCCUGGUUCCCCUCCGUCCGGAUCCCGCUCUACCCCGUCAUCAAUCAGCUCCGCGCCAUCAAAUCCCCCGCCGAGAUCGCCAACAUGCGCCGCGCGGGCCAAAUUUCCGGCCGCGUCAUCACGGACGCCAUGCGCCGGUCCUGGACGAAGGAAAAAGACCUCCACGCCUUCCUAGACUAUCGCUUCACCGCCGACGGCUGCGACGGCCCGGCCUACGUCCCCGUCGUCGCGGGCGGGCGCAACGGCCUCUGCAUCCACUACGUCGUCAACAACAACACCAUCCCCCAAGACGAGAUGCUCCUCGUCGACGCGGGCGGCGAGUACGGCACCUACAUCACAGACAUCUCCCGCACCUGGCCCGCGUCCGGCAAAUUCUCCCCCGCGCAGCGCGACCUCUACGAGGCCGUCCUCACGGUCCAGCGGUCCAGCGUCGCGCUCUGCCGCGAGGACGCCGACCUUUCACUCGACGAGAUCCACGAGCACACCUCGGCGGGCCUGCUCGAGCAGCUGAAGAGCCUCGGCUUCGAGGGCGUCACGUCGCGCGACGUCGACGUGCUCUUCCCCCAUCACGUCGGGCACUACGUCGGGCUGGACGUGCACGACGUACCCGGCUACGGACGGCGGACGCCUCUGAGGAAGGGCCACUGCGUGACGAUCGAGCCGGGCAUCUACGUCCCGGACACGGACCGGUGGCCGCAGCAUUUCAGGGGUAUGGGCGUGCGGAUCGAGGAUAGCAUCUGCGUGGACGAGACGUCGCCGUAUAUCCUGACGACGGAGGCCGUGAAGGAGGUUGCUGAUAUUGAGGCUCUGAGAGACUAGAGCAGAAGAAGAGGGUGGGUUGUGCAGACGGGUUGUGUGGUGUGGUGUACCAACAUUUGUGAAACCCUGUAAACCUCCGUGUAUCCAUCGCUGUAACAACAAAGUAACGAUACCAAAGUGGCACCAUAGAAUGGUGCCGUUACACAAAGAGAAGCCAUUCCGCUUUUGCUGGUUGACCAUCGCCCCAUUUCGUCCACCUGAGCAGUCGUAAGAGAUAGGACACUUAUAUUGUUGGAGCGUAGUCUCUUGUCAGGCCGACAUCCCGUAUGGGC